AGAACUUUCGUCAUCCGGUAUGGUGGUUGGCUAAGAGCGUGUUAUGCGGUGAAGUUCUGUUUUAGGAGUGUACGUUGACCGUGGUUUCAGUCGCUUCCUGCUGCUUUCCCCUUUGGGACAAACCGUUGUUUUAUCCCUUUUUUCUUUUGUGGGGUUGACUGUCCCGUUGAGGUUGGUCCCAUUGCCGGAAGCCGUGGGUGGUGGAUCGUUUUGCAUUGUUGGAAGGUGUCGGCUACGGAGCUCCAGCUUUUGAUAAGCUUUUGAGGGGAGGAGAUAAGCGCACCACCAAGCUGCAUGUGGCAGUUUCGAAAACGAAGCUUUUAAUAAAGAUGGCGAUGGGGAUGGUGAUGACGAGAGGUGAGAGACGGCGAAUCAGUCUCGCUUUCCAUUUUUGAGUCAAAAGUCAGCACACGAAACUGCAACCGUCGGUGCAACUGGCCCUGCGGUCUGAAGGAGUAUUGGGUUAGGAAAGCGUUCACCUGUUGCCCAGACACACCUACCCGGCGCAGAUCGGGUGACCGUAUCGUCGCUUCUAGACGCGGAUGAAGUGGAAUAUGGAAUCUCAGGAAGCAGCCGAAUGCUUCUCUUGGUUUCAUUCCUGAUCUUCGUUCUUGGUGGAGUUUGCUCCAUUUCAGGUGUUGCCCAUGACACCCCUUUGAGAAUACACGCCGGCCUCGCCAUUUCAGUGCUAGGUGUUGGCGUGUACACUCUCAUCCUCAUGUUCAACACAGUCCUGGGGCCUCCAUCUGGGAUUGAACUUCGAGGGUUCGAGACCAUAGCGAAGGUGAAGCCGGCUACCUUCCGUCCAUCAAGCCUGUCCAAAACUAUUUAUGCGAUCGCUUUUGUUAUGUUCUCCGUGGGUUGCGUCAUGGUCGUCCUGGGAUUCAGACGCCGCGUGCUCUACAUGUGGAUUCCAGGCUACGCCUUAUCCGUAAUUGCCUUCCUCACGUACACGAUGACCGUUAUGUAUGGUCCACUCGACAUCAAACCUGGCGCACUCAUCGUCGCAUUUCCAGACGACUGCGCGAAGCACCACGUGGAUGAAGAGGACUCACCUGAUCUGGACUCUCCAGAGUGGAAGCCUCACCGCGGAGGGCACAUCGCCGGUACACAUAGCGCCCAACCUCGUGAUGCAGAAACUCCAGGAUCAGCAGGAGGCGCCGCUAGUGCACGUCGCUAUGAUAUGGGAACUCCUGGAUCGGCAAGAGGGGUUUAUAGUGUGCCCUCUCGCGAUAAUAGGACUCCUGGCUCAGCGUGGUUACAAUAUGAAAUGUCACCAAGCCAGAAAGGCAGGCGCCACCGUUAUCAUAAUGAUGACGUGGUCAGCAGGGGUCGAGGAGAGGAGGCUAAACGAACACCACGUGUUCCAAACGUGGAUGUCUCUCCUAGCCGUCCUGUCAUAAAUGCGUUAAAGAAGACAUUUCCACCAAAGUAGAACGCCACUAUAAAAUACGUUCUCCAAUAGACUGCUUCACUGCUACGUUGUUUUAUGCGAGAUACAGAGACGAGCAUGUUAAUGUUUUACAUAAAGUUGUGUCGCUUCGA